AUGACGGCCAAUCCUAACUGGAGUGAGAUUAAAGAACAUCUUGGGAAAUACGGUGGAGAUUCUCCGAAUGAUAGACCAGACAUCGAAUGUCGAGUCUUUAAGAUGAAGUUAGAUCAACUCCUCAAGGAUUUCAAAGUAGGAACUUUCUUCAAGCCAUACACAGCAGCUCUCCACCAAAUAGAAUUCCAAAAGAGAGGUCUCCCUCAUGCACAUAUAUUACUGUGGAUAGGAAACUCUACCAGAACACCCAGUGCAGAAGAAGUGGAUAAAAUAAUUUCGGCCGAGCUCCCAAACAAAGAGGAAGACCCAGUUGCUUACAGCUUAGUCACAAAACACAUGAUCCAUGGUCCAUGUGGGCUUCUGGAUCCGAAGUCACCGUGUAUGGAAAAUAAUGUUUGCACGAAAAAGUAUCCUCGGCCGUAUAACAACAACACUUCGAUUGACAAAUCCGGGUAUGUGUUAUAUCGUCGACGCCGAAACGACGAUGCGUCUACAGUAAAGGCUGGGGCUGUACUAGACAACACUUUUGUUGUACCUCAUAACAUUAAGCUUCUGAAGAAGUACGAAGCUCAUAUUAAUGUUGAAUGGUGUAAUCGUACAAGCGCGGUGAAAUACUUAUUCAAGUACAUAACCAAGGGCGUUGACCGAGAAACAACUGUUAUUGAGAACGGAAAUACAUCAGCUACAUCUGACGCCACGGGAUCUGGAGGAUCAAAGGAAAAAGUCGUCAGGCAACGCAAUGAGAUCCAAGACUACAUCGAAGCCCGAUAUUUAUCAGCUUGUGAGUCUAUGUGGCGGACUUUCGCAUUCCACAUACACAAAAGAAAGUCAUCAGUUGAGAAGCUUAUCAUUCACUUGGAAGGCGAACAUAAUAUUACGAUUACGGUUAAAUCAACAGAUAACCUCGGCCGUGUAAUCCGCAAACCAGGUAUCGAGAAGACAAUGUUCACUGAAUGGAUGGUUUUAUGCAGAAGGUCAGCGUUUGCGCAGACACUGACAUAUGUGCAGAUUCCUGAAUAUUUUGUAUGGAACAACAGUGCUAAGGUGUGGACUGAACGUAAAAAAGGAAAAACCAUUGGCCGAGUCGUAGCUGUUCAUCCUUCAGCAGGCGAUCGAUACUAUCUGAGGAUCCUCAUUAAUAAGAUUAAGGGUCCUAGAAGUUAUGACGAGCUAAAAACUUACAACGACGUGAAAUACCCUGACUUCAAAUCAGUUUGCCAGGCACGAGGCUAUUUGGAUAAUGAUGUUGAAUGGCUCGAGAGUAUGUCAGAGGGUGCUCGAACGGCCACCCCAUACCAGCUUCGUGAUUUGUUCGUCACAUUCCUAAACAAUUGCUUCGUCGCAAGCCAUAAAGGACUAUGGGAACACUCAUGGAAAUCAAUGAGCGAGGACAUACUUCACAAGAGGCAAAGGAUCUUAGGCCACGCGAAUCUGGAACUGGACGAUAAGACCCUGGAGCAAUACACAUUGAUAGAAGUAGAAAAGUUGAUGCACAUGCAAGAUCGCUCCUUAAAUGAUAUUAAAGAUAUGCCGAAGAUCAACCCUGUUUUGCUCAAGGAAUUGGGUAACAGUUUGUGGAACCAAGAAAUGGAUUACGAUGUUGCCGAGGAAACACUAAGACAUGACAAGCAGUACAACUUACUUAAUGCUGAGCAGUGUGCGAUCUAUGAAUCAGUCUUAGAGUCUGUUGAUAAAAAAGAGGGAAAACUUUUCUUUGUAUAUGGCGCAGGGGGCACAGGAAAAACAUUCCUAUACCAGACUAUUAUAUCCAGACUUCGCUCAAGAAAACAAAUAGUCCUACCAGUUGCUUCUUCGGGAAUAGCCGCAUUGCUACUGCCAAACGGGAGAACAGCUCAUUCUUGCUUCAAUAUUCCGUUGAAGCUCGACGAAGAUAAGCUCUGCAACAUCAAACCAGGUACAAUGCUGGCUGAACUAAUUGAGGAAACGGACCUCAUAAUUUGGGAUGAGGCACCUAUGACACACAAGCAUGCUUUUGAAGCAUUAGACAAGACUUUGAAGGACAUAAUGUCUAUGAAAAAUCCACCCGCAAAGAAUCAUCCUUUUGGCGGCAAAACAGUUAUGUUAGGUGGUGAUUUCAGACAGAUCCUACCGGUCAUUCCACAAGGUAGUAGAGCUGAUACUGUAUUAGCUUCGAUAAGCCAUUCAUAUCUAUGGAAUAGCUGCCAAAAGUUCUCUUUGAAAACAAAUAUGCGAGUCAAUCAGGAUGAGAAAGAGUUUUCCGAGUGGCUUCUCAAGGUCGGGGAAGGUCAUCUUGAGACAGGACAAGAAUAUGAGGAUGAUGGCUACCAUGAUCAAUUCAUAGAUAUCGAUGAAUCUUUGAUUUGUCAAGGUUUUGUUGACCCAUUGGAAGGAGUUGUUGAUGCCGCAUAUGGGGAAAUCAACAAACCGAUGGAUUCCCAGACUUCCUAUACUGAUAAAGCUAUCCUCACACCCCGUAAUGAAACCGUCGAUGAAAUCAAUGCUUACACCAUCUCACGGACCGACGAGGUAUCAAGAGAUUACUUCAGCUUAGACAGUUUUGAGUUAUCAAAUACUACAUCAGAUCAAAAUGAUACAUUAUACUCUGUUGAGUAUCUCAACUCAUUAGAAUUCUCGGGUUUGCCUUCGCACAAACUAACUCUGAAAGUUGGUGACCCAGUUAUGCUUCUGCGAAACAUAAAUCAGAAAAAGGGAUUGUGCAAUGGUACGCGAAUGAUCCUAACACACGUUGGCGAUCGCGUUCUGAAGGCCAAAAUAAUCACUGGCUCCCACAUUGGAGAAGAGGUCUUGAUCCCAAGAAUUGUGCUUUUGUAUGAUGAAACAAAGUUACAGUUCACAUUACGUCGGCGGCAAUUUCCUAUCAGAUUGUGCUACGCAAUGACAAUCAACAAAAGCCAAGGCCAGAGUUUAAAAGAGGUCAUCUUAUAUCUGCCUAAACCGGUCUUCUCUCAUGGUCAACUUUAUGUGGCCCUCUCACGUGUCACAAGCAAAGCAGGAUUAAAGAUCAUCAAAACCGAAGAUUCCCAACAUCUGAAAGUGAAGAACAUAGUCUACAAAGAAAUAUUCAAAGGCCUUCCUCCUGCCAAAGAUGUCCCUGUAGCUGAGCUGCCUGGAGUGGAGACCCAUCAAUCUGCUGAUGACGGUCAGCUAGCACCAUGGAUAGUGUGGGCGCUUUGGACUGCACGUAACAAAUUGAUUUUCAACAACAAAAUGUACACUGCAGAAGAAGUGAUCACCCACGCAGUGGCGGCAGCUCGUGAAUGGCUCAACGCGCAGAGCAAGGAACAGCGACAUAGCCCACACCCCCAAGCAAGCCGAACAACCUCCCCCCGAGAAGCUGUGAUUCAAACUGAUGCAGCCUGGAAAAUCGACACAAGGACAACAGGACUGGGAUGGUCAAUCAGGAAAACAGGGGAAACCCUGAACUUCCAAUCGGUGAACUGCUUUGUAAGCUCCCCUCUCAUCGCGGAGGGUUUGGCCAUGCGAGAGGCAGUUAAGAAAUGCAAAGAGCUGGGACUCCGGCACAUCAGACUGGAAUCGGAUUCUGCUCAACUUAUUAAAGCUCUACGGUCGAAGUUGGAACCUCCGGAGAUCUACGGGAUCAUCUCAGACAUUAGAAUAAACUGUCUUGCCUUUGAAACUGUUUAUUUUGCUUGGAUUCCUAGAGCAAAAAACUCUGUUGCCGAUGGUUUGGCUAAACAGGCUUUGGCUUUGUAUCAAGUGGUUUAA